CAUUAGAAGAUAAAUUGCGGUCAUGUACAUAUACUUCAGUGUAUAUACUUCAACUUUGACUGACCCGACCGACACCGACACUGCAUUGCAGAUUGAUAUUUCUGGCUCUAAAACAUUUAUUUAGUGAUGCAACAAAAUUUUAAGAAAUCAAGGCCUGUUAUAUAACACUCAACGUUAAGGACUUUCGACCUUUUUCAAAUCCUAUUGCAACUCCUCCCUCAUUACUACAUUCCCAACCGACAAGAUAAGGAAGAGUUCUCUCUAAUACACGCGUAUUCCAACAGCAACGGUGGCUGAGAGGAAAAUGAUGCAGGCUAUCGAAAAUAUUCAACAGGCCAUCUCUAGCCUUGACUAUCAGCAACGUUAUAUCUUGGCCAUCACUUCUGCUGGAAUUGGAGGUCUUUUAUUCUACCUAGCAUGGAGGGAAAAGCCAAAGAAGAUCCCAGUUGGAGAUGGAUGGUGGAGGGUUGGAGAAAAGCCCCUAACAGAGGACAGAACUAUAAGGCCAUUUGUUGUGGAGACAUCAGAAGAAAUGAUAGAGGAUCUUUACCAGCGCAUUGACCAGACUCGGUACACAGACUGUUUGCAAGACUGUGGAUUUCAGUAUGGCUUUAACUCCACCUAUCUCCAAAAAGUCGCUUCAUACUGGAGGCAUGAAUUUAACUGGGAGAAACAGGUGAAGGUGCUCAACAAGUACCCCCACUUCAAAACUAACAUUGAGGGUAUAGAUGUGCAUUUCAUUCACGUGAAGCCCGUCCAGCAUGUUGGCCAGAAAGUUCUUCCUCUCAUGAUGGUGCACGGCUGGCCUGGUUCCUUCUUUGAGUUCUACAGGAUCUUGCCCAUGCUCACUAGGACUGAGGAAGAUGUUGUCUUUGAGGUCAUCUGCCCCUCCAUCCCAGGCUAUGGGUACUCUGAAGCCCCACAUGUACAGGGAUUUAAUACCAUGGAUGCUGCCCGUGUUUUCCACAAGCUGAUGGAGAGACUGGAGUUCAGUGAGUAUUACCUUCAAGGAGGAGACUGGGGAGCACUAAUCACCAUCAACAUGGCCCAGAUGAAACCUGAGUGCGUUAAGGGCUUGCAUCUUAACAUGAUCAAUGCCAGAGCAGGAAGCACUGUGACCAUCCUGUCUCUCAUCAUUGGCCGUUACCUGCCCUUCCUGGUAGGCUUCACCAGAGAAGAUGUCCGCCGCCUCUAUCCUUACAUGCAAAAGAACGUGUAUGAAAUACUGAAAGAAUCUGGUUACAUGCACAUCCAAGCUACCAAACCUGAUACUGCAGGCUGUGCGUUGAAUGAUUCUCCAGUUGGUUUGGCUGCCUAUAUCUUGGAGAAGUUCAGCACCUGGACCGAUAAUAAGAACAGGGACCUUCAGGAUGGAGGAUUAGAGAGGAAGUUCAGUCUGGAUGAGCUCCUCACCAACAUCAUGAUCUACUGGACUACAGGCUCCAUCAUUCCAUCAAUGCGCUUCUACAAAGAGAAUAUGGGCAAAAACUUUCUUCAAAGAGUGGACAAUGUAACAAAAGUUUACGUACCGACUGGACUGGCAGCAUUUCCCCAUGAGUUGAUUCAUUGUCCCUGGGUCUGGGCCAGCUCCAGGUUCAGAGAUAUUCGCUCUUACUCCUACAUGCCCAGAGGGGGGCACUUCGCAGCCUUUGAGGAACCAGAACUGCUCGCUCAAGACUUCUUGCAAUUUGUGAAGAAAGUAGAGAGCAAGAAGGCUAAAUAAUUGAAUGAAUGCAACUUGCACUGCUAAGUAUAGGGGAGAAUAUAUGAAUAAAAAACCUCACCUUUAUACAAAGUAUUUGAACAACUUUACCCAAAAAUUAUCUGGCAAUGAUUUAGUCUGUUUUUUUUUUUUGUUGUUAAUUUAAGUGGAAAAUUACUACUAAAUUCAUGUUCGCAAGCUGAAAAAGAAUUAUAUUCAGACAGUUUAUAGUUUGUCAUGAAACAUUUUAAUAGAAUAGUUGCAAAUCUUGUCACCUUGUAUAAAAUAUAACUACAUGGUAUAAAAGUAAAACUUCAGGUAUUCAUAUAAUUUAGACUUGCUCUUAUGUUGAUCACACAAUCUGACUGUGUUCUCAAUGAGAUAACAGACAUGUUGAAAAUGUAUUCUCUGUCAUAAAAGUUAGUUGUUUCUCCAUAAUAAAAUCGAGUUUGAAUUCUGAAA